AUGCCGGCGCAUGAUUUUGUCUAUUGGGACGACAAUGUAUCCCCAGCUGACAUCACUCUUGCCUCCCGAAAGACGCGUCGCAAAUCCUUUCGCCGCAGCAUGGUGGUUCUACCCAUCUCAACAAGCUCGCCAGUUACUUGCAGUGGUCCCAAGGUGACUCUUCGCCGAAAGAGUCUAGGUGUUGCUUUCCAAGCCAAACAUGCCUCUCAUAUUUCUCCAUCAGUUACUUCGCAAGAUUGCACGGUUUCUCGGGGUAAAGAGAUUAGCGCUCGCACCGAGAGUUCUUUUCGGACUCAUGCACAAAUACAGUCUAUUUUCAACGCACCUUUGGAUACUGAAAAACAAUUGUCACCAAAAGAAUCACCUCCGAACUGUGCCUUCCGAGCAAACAAUGCUAGACCCUUUCAAAUGUUUUCUGAACCUGUUUGGAAACCUGAUUCUAAGGACUCGGAUCUUCUACCAGAUUCCGUAGAUGCACUAUAUGAAAAUUACGGGCGCGAGCUUGGAGAGUGGCCAAAGCUUCUAGCACGGCUAAAGUGGGAUGCAUGUUGUGCUCUUCAAGUUCCAAGCGUAACUCGCAUGGACGUGGUUGCCAAUCCGAUUCUGACACCUUUUGCUGAGUUACUGUUCCCGGAUAGGUCAGCUACAAGUGUCAGGGAGCUUCAGCAACGUACAAAGCGAAUUUACGCUUCGACGAUGGCCGGUGUGGCGAGAGCUCAAUUAGAUCACAAAAGAACAAGAUAUAUGGUCUCCAUUGUAAAACGCCAACAAAAAAUAUUAAGGGACGCCAAGCUAAAGGAACUCCUACCUCGUGUAGCAAAUAGCCAUAGUCCUAUGAAUGCCAAUGAUAUUCUUACUUUUAUUCCAUGUUUACGUGAAACUGAUGAAAAUGUCUUGUAA